AGCAGCGUUUCAGAAAUGGUUACUCAUUAUAUAUGGCUCUCUCUCCCAUACUUAGCUAAUGCCUUUGAGAGAUCAGCAAAGCUUCCCAUCAACAGAAGUUUUGAAGGAUCUUUUGAAAUACCCAACAUCUCCAGUUUUUUUUCCUGGAAUAACUACACACUUGCUGACUGGCAGAGCUUUGUGGGCAGGAGAAGAUAUGGGGCAGAGUCUCAAAAUCUUACAGUGAAAGCCCUGCUCAUUGUGGCAUACUCCUUCAUCAUAGUGUUCUCGCUCUUUGGGAAUGUCCUGGUCUGUCACGUCAUCAUCAAAAACAAAAGGAUGCACUCCGCGACCAGCCUGUUUAUUGUGAAUCUAGCUGUAGCAGACAUAAUGAUAACGCUGCUCAAUACUCCCUUUACUUUGGCUCGGUUUGUGAACAGCACAUGGAUAUUCGGGAAGGGGAUGUGUCACAUCAGUAGAUUUGCACAAUACUGCUCCCUCCAUGUCUCUGCUUUGACUCUCACAGCAAUCGCAGUGGACAGACACCAGGUUAUAAUGCAUCCUCUGAAACCUCGCAUAUCCACUGCAAAAGGCAUUGUCUACAUCUCUGUCAUCUGGAUUAUGGCAACGUGUUUCUCUCUCCCACAUGCUAUUUAUCAAAAACUAUUCACUUUUGAAUACAGUGAAGACGUCACCCGAUGCCUGUGUCUCCCAGAUUUCCCUGAACCAGCUGACCUCUUCUGGAAGUAUCUAGACUUAACAACGUUCAUUUUGCUCUACGUUCUGCCCCUUUUAAUCAUCUCUGCUGCCUACCUGAGAGUGGCCAAGAAACUCUGGCUGCGCAAUGCCAUUGGGGAUGUGACCACGGAGCAGUACUUCGCCCUUCGGAGGAAGAACAAAAAGACCAUUAAGAUGCUGAUGGUAGUGGUUAUCCUCUUUGCUGUUUGCUGGUUUCCUUUGAACUGCUACGUCGUCCUCCUUUCCAGCCAAACUAUUCGUACCAACAAUGCCCUGUACUUUGCUUUUCACUGGUUUGCAAUGAGCAGCACCUGUUAUAACCCCUUCAUUUACUGCUGGCUCAAUGAACAUUUCAGACUGGAACUGAAGUCUUUGCUCAACAUGUGCAAAAAACCACCUAGCCCGAAAGAGCACAGGCUUCCAUCCACAGUUCCAUCCUACAGAGUAGCCUGGCCAGAAAACAGCAACUUCAAGAGGUCUCAGGUCUCCCAUGUCCUUCCAUCAACCUCCAAUCUCCAGUCAGGGAAGACAGACAUCACUUCAGUUGAACCUAUAGUAGCUGUGAGUUGAAUGAUGCAAUAAAAUGGGAGCACGUGGAGUAUGCGCCAGGAUUGCAGGUGGAUUUGGUGAAAGCUGACGGGUGUGAUGAAGAGAGACAGGAAUCCUUGACUACUUCACUAGAGUGCACACACCAAUGUGCGUGCUGUUUGUGCAGAGAACCCAAUGCAUUCCUAUCAGCAAGAGUUAUCUCUUUAAUGCAGACUGGUAGUAUAUCUAUACAGCCUCCAAAGAGAAGACAGACAGCAAAGCCCUUGAGAAGGGGGAAAAAACCCUUUUAAUUGUCAGACUGAUUUUGAACUGGCGGCUAGCAAAGAACUCUGUGUGUAUUGUUAUCCGUCGGUAAUGCUGUCCA